AUGCCCACCAACGGAAAGAGUGAGCGGCAGGACCUUUGGAAACAGUGGUGCCUAGAGCAUGCCUGGCAAGGCCCACGCUCACAGUUGAGCGAUGACGAUCAGGUUAUUUACAAAACAGUAGUCUACGGCAAUUACCCAAUAAGAAAAGACUACGAACUUGCCACUGUCGAAGCGUUCAAAGUUGGUCGUCUGACGCUCUUCAGACACGAGGAAAUUGUGGACCUUUUAUGGCGUAAAUUGGCUAUUCUCCGAUCUGGUCUCCUGCCUCUGGAUGAACCCGGAUGGAAGGAUGAGCUGUUUCGACAAGGAUUGGACCCACCAAGGACAUGCCAGUGGCCCACCAUUAAAGAUUACCGCGACGUCAAAGAUCGUUUUGAGAAGACGAGGAAAACCUCAAUUCAUCUUGACCAACAACAGUCGGAACCAGGAUUCUCCCCCAAUCUCCCCCAAUUUGACGAAAGAUCGCAAGAGGAGUUUUUAGAAGACGAGUCAUACGAAAAUUUAUUUGAUCGUUUUGUGCGGACAGGGUCGCAACAAACCAACUCUGAAUCCACCGUCAAUCAACUUCGAAGUUCCAUCCUGGAGUAUGAAGCGGUCGAUGAUCAAGCUGGAAAAACCUCUUUAGAAGUCAACCAAAAACCUGGAUCCCGCCUUCAUUCUCCUCCGAUUGACGAAGGCGAGUCUUUUGAAGAUUACCUCGAUCGCCUUCUGCGCGAGCGGCCGAGAGAGACGGAGGACGACCAAUUGACUGAGUGCGGAUCUUCUCAUGGCGAAGAGCCCCCUGACACCGUCCAUGACCUUCCGAGUGCUGGUCUGCGUAUUGAGGGUCUUGAAUCGCUUUCAGCACACUUGGAGAGUUAUCUGUACUUGAGAGCGUAG